AUAAUAGAAUGAUAUUUUUAAUUUAUAUAAAUGUGUUGUGUGUAUUGUAAGUAAGUGUGAAUAAUAUUCGUGACAUGAAUAAGUGAUAUACAAAGUAUGUAUAUAUUAUUAUUAUUAUUAUUAUAUAUGUGUUGUUUGCCCUGUUACCAAAUACAUAAUCGGUAUUAGUAGACAGUAUAUUAUAUAGUAGAGUAUAUACUUGUCAUUAUUAUUAUACCUGGUGAUGACUUUGAUACGUGUCUCUUGUAACUUGUAAUGUACACAUUAUUACAACACAACUGCACACUUACAACUAGUUACAGUUGGGAUAAUUCAGUAAGUAACUCGUAAGCCGACUUAGAUUUUAUUUUCGCAGUGUACGUCGAGGCAACUGCACGCAUCUAAUCUUUAUUCUUGUUUUUAAUAUUAUAUUUUAAUUAUCAAGUGUCACUAUAAUUACCGAUGGUAUCGCGUGUGGUUAAUAAACUAGACGAUAAAUUAUUAUUAUCAGUGCCGCCUGUCACUGUAAAUGUUCGGAGAAGCAGCCUGUCACUUUUGAAUUUGCCGGACGGUUUGGCAUUUCAAGGUGUCGCGGGCUCUGCUCGAAGACGUUUGAGCAACGUCAGUGAUGUCGUGUCCAAAAAAAUAUCUGAUACAAUUGGCUGGCGGUCUGUAUCUACCAACGUCGAACUCACGGUUAUGCAGGGAUCGGUGCUCUGUGGACAAUACAUAAAAAAUCGAUUGAAGCGUUCGGGAAUUUUUCAAAAGAAACUCGGGCUCAAGAGAAUGAGAAGCGGCGCGAUGAUGUCCUCUGAGGGACUUCUGGUGGUGUCUGAAGUAAGCCCGGUGUUGACGAGUCUCGGGGCCGAGCUCGAGAAAAUUCAUCAAAAAUUGUACACAAAUAUCGCCCGACAAAUCGGUGCUGGAUCAUUUUCAAAUGAACAGACAGCCAUGGAGGCUAUUGCUGACGUGUCGAGGGAACUCUUAAGAGUAGGUGGUGAAAUGACAUGGGGAAAAAUUAUUUCCCUGUACUCGGUUGCUGGAGGAAUUGCUGUCGAUUGCGUUCGCCAGGGAAAACCAGAGUUUAUUGGAGCUAUUCAACGAGCCAUGACUAUUGUUCUUAAAGAGGAUUUGGCUAGUUGGAUCCAAGCCAAUGGAGGAUGGAUUGGAUUGAGUAAUAAAUGCCGGACAAGUAUUGACUCAGACACCUGGCAAGAACGUGACACCUUGAUAGUACUUGUAUCAACGACAAUAAUAAUGGGACUAGCAUUAUUGAUACGUAUUUUUAUAUUUUCUUAAUCCUCGUCAUCGGAUUUAUUAUUAUUAUUAUCAUCAGCUUCUACCUCCAUUUCUGUGAUUAUAUUCCUCUGUAUUUUUAAUAAUAAUAGUUAUUAAUAUAUAAAUCGAUAGUAAUUUUUAA